CUGGUUCCUUCUGGAUAGCAGAGCUGUACGACAUGUGGCGAUUGGACUAUUCUGCCUGGGGGUGUCUGUCUAUUUGGCAGCAAUGUCCAUUUUCAUGCUCCUGAUAUUCGAGACGGAAACGGGCAUCGCCAGCGCCUGCAUACUCUCCUCUGGGAUCCUGAUCCUGCUGGUGGCGGUGAUACACUCCCUGGUCAAAGCUUCCCGAAGCGCCAAGCACUACAAAAGCGACCUAGCCGACACCCUCUAUCAAAACGACCACGGAAGCAGCAGCGUGCCCAUCUCACGGCCCUGUGAGCUAAGAGUCGGAGUGGACAAACUGCGGAUUCACCGCAGCCAGUCUCAUCAUAUGCAGCAUCCGAUCUCUUACCCAACGUGUGGCAACGUCAGGCAGAGGGAGCAUUAUCAGCAGCAGUACUCCCCCACCGAAGGCUCUCAGAGCCACUCUAGCGAUAAAGAUGGAUACAGCGCAGGAGAGAGCUGCCCUCGAAUGCACCGGACCUUGUCUACUGAAUCUGGCUUACUACAGGCCCAGGUGAAACCCUGGAAUGGAGUCAAUAACGAGAUGAGGAGCGUUUUAGCACGCAAAUCAGGGAUUUCAGCAAAAGACUCAACGCUUGUGUGAGCUGACAUUCUUUCCAGAGGAAUGAGGAAUUAGAGAACUGAUAUCUGACUGCAAGUUUGUGGAGCAAGUGAACCCCCACCGCUGAGGGAAAGCUCUUUGUUUCUUCAGUGUACAGAUGGCAAGUUGAUCUUGUCUGGCUGCAUUCAAAAUGGCCAAGUUUCAGGUAUACAGUCAACUUUAAACACGAUCCACCAAUCUGAAUAACACAGGUAUUGACUAGUGUUGGAUGCUGACAGUAUGAUAACCUUAACGAAAACUACCCCUGGUUUUACAGGACAGUGUGAUUUACACCACAAAUUGAAACAACAAUGUAUUACAUGAUCAAAUUGCUUUUCUAUAAAACAAAAAAGCCACUAGAUGCAACAUAAUUACAGCCAUAGAUGUUAGAAAUACCAGCAGUUCUAAAGCCGGGGUCACGACCCCAAAUGGGCUGCAAAUCAAUAAGUUUGAUUCCUGAGAUCCUCCUCAGGAAUCAAACAAAAUUCUAACAUUAUUCAGUAGUUGUCAAAUACAGAAUGUUUUUAAAAAAAUUGGGCAUAAUUUGCAAUGGUUUCCUCUUUUGCAUUUUAUAGAUGAAUAACAAGCUGAUAAUUACUCUGACAAUAUGCUCGAGUAGCCAGCCUGCAGCUUAAAUGUCAUGCUGCUCAUAGAUUGACCGCUACUUAUUGUGGCACUGUAUUCAAUUUCAAACCAUAACUGGUAGCGUUUUUUCAUGUAGAAAUUUAACUGAAGUGAUUCCAAAGAGCCGUAUUUGUCUUUCUCUGAAGUGAUGGAAAAUAUUAUGGGAAAUAUUAAUUCAGCUGAUCAGCAGUACACAGUGGAAUUUAAAUUAUAGGAACAACUUUAAAACCUUGAUGUUGUUGACCAGUCCAACAAAAUGAGCUAUAAUACACCAACUGGAUAUUGAGCUGGCACAUCUGCAAACUUUAUCAUAAUACUGUAAAUACAUAAUUUCACUUUAUAAAGUGUUUUUAUGUCGGAAUUGUGUGCGUGGAGCGAUUGCAUUUCUUGACGUGUUCAAAAAUAUUUUAUGUAGAACCUUAAAUAAACUGUAGAAAGAAA